CAACACGACGAAGGUAGAUGAUAUCUAGCAAAUAAGGACAUCUGACUUUCUUUCCGUAGCGAAAUCAAUAUUUAGUUCAGGCCCGUUGGUCCGCUCGAGUGAGGUGACGUCAAGCUUCCACGGAUGUUCCCCCGCAUUUAACAUGUCUCUUCUCAGCUCACUCUCUACGUUUCAUUUUGCUUUUCCGCAUAACUCAAUGACGUAGCAAGUUUACACUCAAAUACAUCUCUUAAAAGCACUGAAAAUUGACAGUCAAUAUGUCCGGCAUGUUUGACAACGAUUCCGACGGCAACCGUCGAGCGGCAGCCGAAACAAGCGAGGGCGGCACGUUCAACAACUCAGGAGAUUCGGAGCGUUGUACUGGGGAAGGGAACUCAAAUGUAGGAGCUGGAAUGUUCGACAACUCUGGAGAUUCAGAGACUCGUGAUAGUGGCCGUCGACCCGAUGAAGGCAUGUUCAGCAACACCUCAGAUGGCGCGAACCGAUCGGGCAACAGUGUUGAAGCUGGCAUGUUCAGCAAUACUUCGGAAGGUGCUUCACGUGGAGGUGAUGCUGGUGCUGGGAUGUUCAGCAAUACCUCAGAUGGUGCAAAUCGUACAGCUGGCAGUGGUGGAGCUGGCAUGUUCGAUAAUUCUGGCGACAAGGAGACUCGCCCUGGCAAUAAUGCGGGCAUGUUUGAUAAUUCUGGAGAUUCUGAAACUCAGCCUGGUGGUGGAGCGGGUAUGUUUGUUAAUACCGGAGAUGGAAACAAGGAGUUCGAAGCUGGCGAGCAUGGUAAAAAGGAGAAGGGAAUGAAGGGGUUUUUGCACAAGGCUAAGCAAGCAUUCGUCCCUGGAUCGGAAUACAUCUUGUGUCUAUAUUGUUUUUCCUUCAGCAGGUCUUAAUCUUUUGUAUAGUAAUGACGGUUCAUUCGCAAUCUCGCUUUGAAUUCGCAAUUCCGCGAACAUUUGGCUGGCUUCUUGAAAUGCUUAGUGAAAAGAUGAAAUAGCACUUAAAAGGCCUACUUCGUGCUUUCAUGGAAAGCUGUAACUCACAACGCACAGGUCAAUUGCAAUUCCAUUCCUCAAGUUCCGUAAGAAAUUACAUUCAUCAUUCUACCUUAGUACAUUCAAUUGAGCACCACAAUGCACAACACAAUGUCAACUCAAAUUUUCAACAAUAUGGCCGCUGGCCCGACGCCUGAGCUGGUCGAUUCCGUUGAUAGUGUUUACACUACCUGCUGAAGGCUGGGCUGUAACAAAGAAGUCAAGCGCGGAGAAGUAUGCGAAUGCGGUAUGCAGAAUUAGCUCUACGUAGGAGGGAUUCAAUGCCAGAAAAGGUUGUCAUGCAUUCGUUGGGAGCUUUUUAGACAGAGUCUGUCAUUACCACAUGUAUUUCGUCAUUCUAUCUGCAAAGCAAUCUGAGGGAUUAUCGAG